CAGUGAGGAAGGCUUUGCUGCUGAAGCAAGCAAAGAGGCACCCAAGAUGGCCUCUGCUGCAGGAGCAGCCGUGGCAGCAGCAGCAGCAGAGGGCCAAAGGCUGGGGCAGGAGGCCGCGGUCGGCCGACUCUCGAUGCUGUUGAAGGAGGAGGUAGGCGUGACGGCCAUGGCCGUAGUCCGCAGCUGAGAGGAGCUGCUGCCGCCGUCGUGAGGUUAUAUUUCACACUAUGUGCUGACUGUCUGUACUUACAGAAACUAUUUAAAAACAGUUUUUUUUUUUCAAAAUAAAUUUGAUUCCAGUGGAAUCUGCUUUAGAUUUUGUCUUGUGAAGUAACUCCUGAAGCAAUGCCUGUACAAGCUCCACAAUGGACGGAUUUUCUCUCCUGCCCUAUUUGCACACAAACAUUCGACGAAACGAUCCGGAAACCCAUCAGUCUAGGUUGUGGCCACACAGUCUGCAAGAUGUGCCUGAACAAGCUCCAUCGGAAAGCAUGUCCUUUCGACCAGACCACUAUCAAUACAGACAUAGAACAUCUUCCUGUGAACUCAGCUUUGCUGCAGCUUGUGGGUGCUCAAAUGCCAGAACAGCAACCAAUAACUCUACGCAGUGGUGCUGAAGAUACUAAACAUUAUGAGGAAGCCAGGAAAUGUGUGGAAGAACUAGCCUUAUACCUUAAACCACUCAGCAGUGCAAGAGGUGUAGGAUUGAACAGCACAACUCAGAGUGUGCUUAGUCGGCCCAUGCAAAGGAAGCUUGUGACAUUAGUUCAUUGCCAGCUGGUAGAAGAAGAAGGGCGGAUCCGAGCUAUGCGUGCAGCCCGAUCUCUAGGUGAAAGAACUGUUACUGAGCUUAUUCUUCAGCACCAGAAUCCCCAGCAAUUAUCUUCAAAUCUUUGGGCUGCAGUGAGGGCUAGAGGCUGUCAGUUCCUUGGACCAGCAAUGCAGGAGGAAGCCCUGAAGUUAGUUCUUUUAGCUUUAGAAGAUGGAUCUGCUUUAUCUCGAAAAGUCUUGGUUCUCUUUGUGGUACAGAGGUUGGAGCCACGAUUUCCUCAGGCUUCUAAAACCAGCAUUGGGCAUGUUGUCCAGCUUCUUUACAGAGCCUCCUGUUUCAAGGUGACUAAACGUGAUGAGGAUUCCUCCCUAAUGCAGCUGAAGGAGGAAUUCAGAACAUAUGAAGCGCUGAGACGAGAACAUGAUUCCCAAAUUGUACAAAUUGCUAUGGAAGCUGGUUUGCGGAUAGCUCCAGAUCAGUGGUCUUCGUUACUGUAUGGAGACCAGUCUCACAAAUCCCACAUGCAGUCCAUUAUUGACAAGUUGCAGACCCCAGCCUCUUUUGCACAGAGUGUUCAGGAAUUAACAAUUGCUCUGCAGAGGACUGGUGAUCCAGCUAAUUUGACCCGGCUUCGACCUCAUCUUGAACUUCUGGCAAAUAUUGAUCCUAGUCCAGAUGCUCCACCACCCACGUGGGAACAGCUUGAGAAUGGAUUAGUUGCUGUACGGACUGUGGUACAUGGACUGGUUGAUUACAUCCAGAAUCACAGCAAAAAGGGAGCAGAUCAGCAACAGCCACCUCAGCACAGCAAGUACAAGACAUAUAUGUGUCGAGAUAUGAAGCAGAGAAGAGAAUGCCCCCGUGGGGCCAGCUGCACAUUUGCACACUCACAGGAAGAACUAGAAAAGUUUCGCAAGAUGAACAAACGUCUAGUUCCUCGAAGACCUUUGAGUGCCUCUUUGGGUCAACUAAAUGAAGUGGGCCUGCCAGCAGCAGCUAUUAUCUCAGAUGAAGCAACAGUGGACUUACCCAGUAGAAAACCCUCUACCUUGCCAAAUGGGAUUGUUUCACCAGGCAGUACAGUGACACAACUUAUCUCUCGUGGGACCGACUCCAGUUAUGACUCAGUCAUGAAACCUGGGAAGAUGGACCACCACAGUAGCAGUGCCCCUGGAUCACCUCCUGAUUUGCUGGAACCUGUUUCCAAGAGCUCUCACCCAGUGCCCCCCCGAGGACCUACAGAGUUACCUCCAAUUUCAGUAGGCAAGCAGCUCCAAAUCGUUCCCCGAGGUUCCCAGUUGUACCCAGCUCAGCAAACUGAUGUGUUCUAUCCAGAUCCUCGAGGAACAGCUCCCCCAUUUGAACCUCCACCCUAUCAAGCAGGUGUAUAUUAUCCUCCAGCUCAAUCACUACAGUGCAUGUCUCGAUUUGUCCGACCUCCAUCAUCUAUUCCUGAACCUGGUCCUCCUUUUGUAGAACAACAUUAUGCACCCUAUCUCCAAGAUCGCAUCAUGAACUCGCAAUACAGCACACAGCCACAGCAAUACCCUCCAAUGAGUCAACCUGUAUAUCCCCCCCAUUAUGACAGCAGACGUGUGUAUCCUGCUGCUCAGCCAUACCAACGGGAAGAUAUUAUCCGAGGAAGUCCUGUUCCAAUUGAAAUUUCUCCACCUGCUGUAUCAUCAUAUGUACCUGAAACAAGAGACAGAUAUCAACAAGUGGAGGGUUACUAUCCGGUUGGACCACAUAUGAAUCAGAUUAGACCUUCAUAUCAUAGAGAGCCGUAUAGUCGGGCUCCCCCUCAGCCACAUCCUAGUUUAGAUGAAUUGCAUCGAAGGCGAAAGGAGAUUAUGGCUCAGCUGGAAGAAAGGAAGGUCAUCUCCCCACCACCAUUUGCAUCAUCGCCAACCCUGCCUCAUUCUUUACAUACUGAUGAGUAUUUGGAUGAAGACCUGAAGGUAGCAGGAAAAUAUAAAGGAAAUGAUUACAGCCAGUACUCUCCCUGGUCGUGUGACACUAUUGGCUCCUACAUUGGAACCAAAGAUGCAAAACCCAAAGACAUUGUGGCAGUGGGUCUUGUGGAGAUGGUGAAUGUGGACAGCAAGGGAAUGCGAGAUCAACGUUUGGAUUUACAAAGGAGAGCAGCCGAGACUGGUGAUGACGAUCUUAUUCCCUUUGGAGAUAGGCCUACAGUAUCAAGGUUUGGUGCCAUCUCACGUACCUCCAAAGCAAUGUACCAGAAUCCAGGCCCCAUGCAAGCCAUGGCAGUUCAAGGGGCUUCUGCAAAACCAGUCAGUGUUUCAGAUUACAGCCCAUAUGGAACACACAGUGCAUGGGGAAGUUCACCAUACUCACCCCAUCAAAAUGUACCUUCUCAGGGACGGCUUGGUGACAGGGAGAGAUUGUCUAUGACAGACAUUGCUAAUCAUGGGAAAUCUUUGCCAUCAUCUGAGAGAGAACAGCAGCUUCGUCUUGAACUGCAGCAGUUAAACCAUCAGAUAAGUCAGCAGACACGAGGACUUGAGGCAGUUAGUAACAGGCUGCUGUUGCAGAGGGAAGCGACCCCUUUGGCAGGCCAACCACAGCCCCCACCACCACCUCCUAAGUGGCCUGGAAUGAUCUCAAGUGAACAGCUGAGCUUGGAGCUGCACCAGGUGGAGAGGGAAAUCGGGAAGAGAACCCGGGAACUAAGCAUGGAGACCCAGUCUUCACUGGAUGUGAAAAACAAAGCAAAUGCUAGUAAACAGACUGAAAAUGGACAGCAAGGCAAAGUACCACCUGAAGAUCUUUCUCUAGCAUUCAGUGAUCUUCCAAAUGGAUCUGCCCCAACUCAAGAAAUUAUAGGCCUUCUGUCAAACAAAACUACAGCUCUGAACUUGUCAGAGGACACCGACGUAGGAGCAGGUGACCAAGAUACCCAGAGAACCGGAGCAACGCCCACCUCUGCUCCUUGAAAGAAUAAGACUAUCCCUCCACUUCUGUCGGGGGUCACCUUUUCCCAUCCUUGGAUUGAUGAAAGACGCUAAGCAAAAGUCUUCAACAAUAGCAAGUCUGAGACAAUGUGCACAACACCACUACUAGGAACAAACCCUGCACAUAGUUCACAUUAACACAUUUUUUAAUUAAAAAAAUGAAAAUUAGCAGUAUCUGCAAACAACUCAAAUUAAAUUUGUUUUUGUUCUGUGAAUGAACUUUAUUUUAAUAACUUUGGAUGCCUUGAAUGCCAGGGCUUUAAAAAAACAGAUAUAUAUAUAUAUAUAUAUAUAUAUGUACACACACACAAAGACACACAGACACAGACACACAUUUUACACACAGAGACAUACGUACUUUGUUUGAUUAAUUGUAUGAUCUAAUGGGAUAGGCUUUCUGUUUUAUUUUGGUAUUGUUACAUACCCAGUGUAUCAUUAACUUUUCUAAAUGUUGUUCAUUCCCCCCCCCCUCAGAAUAAGCUCAUUCACCAUUUCUUUUUGUGGUUUUUAAAAAUAAGGAGUUGAGAUGGAGGAGAAAACUCUAUAAAUUGUCCCAAAUCUGUACCUCUCUUACAGAUACUAUCAUAACUUUUUGUUAAUUUAAAAUUGUGAAGGAUUUUCCAUUGCAUUAGAAAUCAAACAUUUUAUUGGACACUGAAAACUUCAAGGAGUAGCAAUAGUUAUUCCAUUUUAAAAGUAAAUGGAAAUGUGCUGCCCUGCAUUCAUAAUAAACUGGCUAAGAAGCAUUGAUCAUGGCAUUUGUAACAUAAAGCAAAAGUAUUUCAUUUGCAUAAGUAAGCUUAAUAAACCUGCCUCAGAACUGGAUUAAAGCAGAAUCUAGAAACUAGUAUAAAAUGGCUUCAGGUGAGAUAAAGGUGCAAAGAUUAGUGUAGUAAAUAUGAGUCUUCAGCUUCUUUUCUUCCUUUGAACUACAAUUUCUGUAUCAUCCUAUAUCCUUGAGGGAGGCAGGUACAUGGAUGAUUUUCUGAUGCAAGAUAAUUUUGGAGUCUGCCUGAGAUGCAAGAUGAUAAAUUCUAUUUUAUACAUGAUGGGAAACAUAAAAUUGGAUGUAACAAUAUUCUCCUUCCUGCUUAUUUUGCAUCCAAAGCUAGUAAUACCAUGAUUGGUCAGCAUUAUCUUUCAUGGCAAAACUGAAUCUUUGAAACUCAAGAGUUUUGAGUUUAACAAAACAAAUGAUUCUGAAAAAAUUAAAUCAUGUUAAUUUCAGCAAGUCCAUUACAGAAGCAGCAACCUUUCAUGUAUGGAUGAAAUAAAAAGACUUCCUAGCUCUGCAGUAUUAGUUCAGUUAUCACAUUUCUUAAAAUGCACAGAAGUGUUCAUAUACACACAGCGUGUAAAAUUGACUUUUGUCCUCCUCUCUCCAUUUUACUUGCAUUAAGUAAGGUGCAUAUGUGAAAAGUCUGGAAGAAAAUUCUUGCAUCCUUUCUCUGUAAAUUACAUUUUUAAAUUUCAAAAUGCACUGGCUAUGUAAUAAAUUGCUUUGGUUGGGUAAAAGCAAAUGUUUAUUAACCUUGUUCUAGAUUACUUUUCUUCCCUUAAAAUCCAUUGAGGUUAAAACAUCCUUUUAUAUCCAUUUUAUUCUUAAACAAAAUAUGUUGUGAGCAUACAGGCCCCCCUGUUGCCUACCAGUAGGAAGAUUCAAAAUAGAGACAUUUGCAAGUACUGAUUAUUUAGUAUAGUUACCUAGUCAAGAUGUUGCAUUUUUACAUUAUUUCACAAUCUGGCUGGCCAAAAAAUUAAUGUCCUUAUUGCCUUGGGAUUUGAGCAUCUGUUUAAAUAAAAAACUAAAAUAUGUACAUGUGUGUAUACACAUUCAUGUUUGUGUCUGUGUACAUAUGAUAUUUAAGGAUAUUUCCUCACGUUUACUGCUAUUUUAUAGCAUCCAGGACUUGGAAGCAUUCUGUGUGGUGUGUCUUUGUGUAUGUAUGUAUGUGUAUGUAUAUGUGUUCAUAUACGUACAAACACACACACAUAUACACUCUCCCUCUCUUUUUUAAAAGAUAUUUUAAUUCUCUUUUCUUUGAUUUAAUUCUGUAUCAAAAAUCACUCUUGAUAUCAUACAGAACUUUCUCUUUUCAUACUACCAUUCAGUCUUUCACUUAGAAGAAAGUGGAAGAAAAACUUUGCUUUUCUUUAGGUUCUCACUUAAUGUUCUUUAUGUACUUUGUUAUAUCUUUCCUGUCUUUCUUUCUUAAGUAAACUAAUGUCAUGGCAUAAUUAAAGAAAGUUUGCUUAUAUAAAUUAUUUUUCUUGCCAUGUCUCCAAUACAAGAAGACUUUUUAGUGAAUCAGGCUCGCUAUUCCCAAUAUAAGGCCAUUCUUAAAUGUUUUCUCUUCCAAAGAAAAUCCAACUUGGAAUAACAGAAAAAUUGGCUUCCAUCUAGAUAUGCCAAGCAGACUUGUUUCCUAUAGGACAUUUUCUGGCUAAAGAGAGGGAAGACUGAACAUUUUUAAUGCAUUUAACUAUAUAUAUAUCAGAUAUAAGUAUGGAAGAGUUGGGAUUGUAAUGACAAAACCAUCUCCUCUUAACAUUAAUCCAUUCUUUAGACCAUUUAUAGCACGUCUGUGCCUCUAGAUAUUGUAUAUGCAUAGGCCCAUAUUUUGUACACAUGCAUAUUCUUCAUGUUGUACAUAUGAUUAUUUUACAUAUGUACAUGUACAUAUGUUCAUAAAGCACUAGGCAAAAAAGUGUGUGGAAGAAGUUGUUAUCAUUGAGAAAUCUCUGCUAAAUGCUUUGAAUCUAAGCUAACCUCUCAUUAUUUUCCUGUAGUUGUACUUUGUGCACAGUGCCCUAUCUAGGUUAAUGCCCUUUAUACAUAAGCAAAUAGUUUCUGUUUAACCUUUGCAGAGCACUUUGAUCUUGGCUUAGUUUGCUGUUUUCUUUUUUAGGAUCUAGAGGAUAACUUGAAGUGAUGAGCAUGUAAAGAACUGUCUGGCUUUCAUACAGAACAAUGUAUAAUACUGUAUUCUCAGGUGUCUUUUUUUUAAAAGCUAGCUUUUUUUAAGUCCAUGUGUUAAAACCCCAUAAAAUUUCUAUUUAGGAGCAGAAUUCAGGUUGAUGUGGAAACAGUGACACUUUGGGCUUAUAUAGUCAUCCACAUGAACCUUAGCUUCACAUUCUAGAUUUUGAUUUUUUGCAGGCCAGAAAAAUAUUUGCCUUCUGUCCAUUAGAAAAGAGGAAACAAGCCAAAUCCAUAUGCAUGGCUGUGUUAUGAUCAUAGCUGAACUCUUAAAUAUCCUCCACUCUUCAUUUAGACUGCUUGUGGAGCUAAAAUACAUUUUUCUGAGAAUUGUUGAAUGAGAUUCAUGGUUAUGAUCAGUCUUUUUUCUACAGAAUAUCAAUAUCACUGUCAUCCAGCUGUGCUGUACAUAAUAAAGAGCAGUAUGUCAUUUUUUAAAACAUUUUAAUUUAAACUUGGCUGGAAUACACUGAAUUGUAUGAAAUAGAUUGUUCUUUAUAUUAGGAUGCUAUGGCAUCAUAAGCAAAACUUGUAUUGUGUAUUUAAAUUUUUUAAAAAAGUAUUUGAAAGAUACUAAAAUAUUUAGCCUCAAGCAAGUUUUAUGAAGGAUUUAAGUCAUUGUUUUUAAAUAAAGCAAAACCCCAGGUUUCGGAAUAUCAAUUCAGUAAUACUUAAUUCAGUGCAUGCAACUCAGAUUUACAGAUUAAAUGUGUUUGGCUAAUUAGGACCUGCAAGAUCCAUUUGAACAUUGCUUUUUCAAUUUCUGCUUCUUGUCUUUACAUCUCUCCUUUGUAUGUUCCCAUCAUCAUCCCUUUUUCAUGCACCAGGUAACAGCAUGUUGCCUCAAAAUAGAGCAUUCAGAUGAAUUUGAGUACCCAUAACUUCUAUGAAGUUGCAUUUCCUUAUGGUGUUAUUACUCAGUGAUGCAUAAAUGUGGUAUUGCCCCUACUUGUAGGCAAAUGAGGGGUCUGUAUAAAUAUGGAAAAUACCCUAUUCACUUAAGGAGAGCCAAAGACUUGUGCUUUACUCUUGGUUUGAUUGUUGUUGUUUUUUCUUUCUUUCUAUUUUCUUCUAACCAUUUUACUACAAAAGCCUGUUUGGAUUGAAAAUCUUUUAUGUUUUCAAACCUUAACAAUGGUAAAUAGAUAUAAAAAUUCUUGACUGUCAAGUCUUACAAAAUGCAUUCUAUGAUGAUGACUUAUUAGCUCAUUUCAGAAGUGCUAUGUUAAGCGUCAUUACAUUUGCAGUCAUUACACCUUAAUUACCUUUUUAAAAGAUGUGUGAAUGUUGUCCCAAACACACUUAGAUUUAUAAUGUACAAAAAGUGUUUUUAGAAGAAACAUUGUUUAUUUUCACUGUUCCUUCUUGAAAUUUUCUAUUGAACUGUACUAGAAGUAAGUAUGCGGAAACUUGAAAGAAACUGGAGAGAGAUUCUGAAACAGUACCAUCAGUCUAAUAUGUUUGCAUAGUCAAGUUAAGUAAAUUGUUUCUUUACAUUUGACUGUGGAAAAUAAGUUUCAUUGUUGGUUGGAAACACAACAAAUAGUAACCUAUUGUCUGCUUUUCCAAACCUAUACAGAAAUCUCUCUGGAUAGGAAUCACAAACCACAUCCACCAUCUCAGCAACAUAAUUUAAUCAAAAAGCAUUCUUGUUUCCUAAUUCUGUCCACUUGGUAAGCAUAAACUUUAUUAAAGCAAAUAGUCCCAGAAAGAGCCUCCUCCAGUUACACUUCCUGUUUCCAGUUGAAAAACUGAGUUGGAAGUCAUGCAGUUGCCUACUUCUUAUCCAUCUCAAAAUACUAAGAAGGAUGGGCAGAAACUUCUUCAGAAUAUGACAAUCCUAUCCAGAUAAGCUAUUUACUUUGUGUGUUUCGCUAUCACCUUGUGACAUCAUUUACUAGUAUGAGUGAGAAUUUUAAUAGAUUUUCUUUAAAAAUUCUCACUAUUGUCAGUAACAUGGAUUCAUAGUACAUAUCCAGUCUCUGAACUGAUUUGGCUGGAAAAGACACUUGAUACAAACAGGGAAGCACUUGAAGAUGCCAUCAAUAUUUGACCAAAAAAAUAAAUAACCCUGAGCUGUAAUUUGUGACUAGAAUGAGCCACUGUGAACACUGAGCAUUUAUGUUUCCCCUAGAAUAGCUAAAAGUUCACAAUAUUUUGUUUUAGAUUUAGUACAAAUUGCUAUGUCAUCUAAACCUAGAUAAAAUGUUUGUAUUAAUUUCAGAAUAAUUCAUAUAGUUGAUUUGUUUCAAACAGUGGUAAGAUGAAGCAUGGUUUAACCACUUAACCACCUAAUCAGACAAUAUGGUGAAUCAAAUGCAGAAGUAAUCGUAUUUCAUGUCCAGAAAAGAAAUGAAAGGCAUUUAAUGAAAAUACAGUUGGAAGUUCAUUCUCAUAGCACUAAAUCAUGGUUUCACUGGAGUUCUCUUGUCCAGACCCCCUAUUUCAGUGUGGUACAUAUCACAAGUAAAUAACACAUAAUUGUUUCAUCAUAAUACAAUAAAAAACAGCAGUUAUAAGGUUGCAGAUUGCCUUAGCCUACACCUCUUCCUGUUUCAUGAAAUAAUUAUGAUGCAAUUAUGUGACAUAAAUAGGAAGUACUUACCUCUUUUUGUGAAGCAUGGUUUAACUUUUUUUUUGCUGCAGAACAAAUAUCACCCCAAAAUUAUAAGAGUCUUGAUUAAGUGCCAUUUGAAGUUUUUUGCACACAAAACAGUAGCUCCAUAUUUUUUAAGAUCUGUUGUGCAAAAUUCAGAUAUUAGAAAGUGUCUGUUUUUCAUCAAAACAGCCCAGAGAUUGGUAUCUAUGUCACAAGAGUAAAUUAAUAAGGCUAUGUAGGUUGGCUCAGUAUAACACCAAGAAGUGCCAUUCUCCUAUUAUAAAAUUUGCAGUAAGAUUUCUAUGUUGUGUUGGAUACAGUAGUGAAUACCCAAAAUGAAAUGUUAUAGCCGGGACAAUUGCAUUUUGACAUCUGUAUGAAAUUUAAAAUUUGGAACAGUGAUCCUUCAUUGUGUUGAUAGUGUCUUAAAUAGCUAUAGUUACCAUUCAGUGGCUGCAGAGCUUCUAUUCUUGUAUCAAAUAUUACUUUCCUGCAUGUUACAUAUGGCUGCCUGAUGCUUUUUUCACAUAUAAAAAAGUAUCUUGUCUGACGACAUAACAUACUGAAGGGAGGAAUCUAAAAGAACACACCAAAGUGCAUCCUUCUCUCUGAAAAUUAAAAGUACUAGGUAUGCUAAUGUUAAAUGUAUACAUAUAUAUAAAUUUUAUAAAAACAAAAUCCUGUGGCAUAUUGGUGUUUGCUGUAAACAAAAUUUGUUUGCUUUUGUGUAUGUUAAAAGUGACUUCAGGCACAAUUGUAGUGGGAAUGUCUUCCACACAAAUCCCUCCAAAAGAGUGGGAUGUGUGCAAGAAGACCACCUCUGUGCUCUCUUGUUGUUAAUGUUAGUUUGUUGUAGCAGACAAUACUCACAAGUCUUUGGCAUCCAAAACCAGAUUGUGUAACUGGAUCAGAAUCCCACAGCUGGAUUUGCAUAAGGCACUCUUUCCAAGUUAGCCAUUCAAAGGGAGGGACAGAGGUGGAGAGCAGGAGGGCAGACCUAAUGAAAAUUGUCUGUUUGGCCAGCUGUCUUGGCAGCCCUCAGUUCUAAUCCUGCACAACCCCCUAAAGGGUUCCUCUGCUGUCUGUUGUGAGUUUACAAUUGCCUUGCAGUCUCUGCUUGCUAUGUAAGCAGCCUUGUUGCUAACCAUGAACCCUUUUCCUUGAAGGCAACUUUAGUUUUUUUGUUUUUUUUAAAUUAGUUUUCAAGGAUUGGCAGUCAGCAAUCUGGAUUUUGCUCCUUAUUUUUAUUCAGCCAACUUGACAUACAUUAUUCUCCCUCCUUCAAAACCUCCUGGUCAUUUCCAGUUGUGGGAUUUCUCUCUCUCUAUGUGCAUUCUUAUGGUUUGGGGGUGGGGUGGGGUGUUAAGCCAAGUUUCCUUUGGUCUUUUUAGGAUUGUACCAGUCUCCCCGAGACAUUCUUAAGUCAUUAUCACCUUUUUGGGUGGAGUUCAUUUUUUUUAAUAACUUUU